AUGGAUACCACUACAGUACUUGAGAAAUAUACACAAGACCUUUCAAAUUUGCCACUAGAGGUGCGACAUCUACUAGAAGAGAUUAAGAAUAAGGAUCUUCAGCUAUCAGAUAUAAGGAGGCAGUAUCAGUUCAAAGACAAUCAGCUACAUAAAUUUAUCCGUGCCAAUGGUACUUUAACCAAACACCCCAAAGAGCAACAGCUCUACCUCAAGAUAGAGGAGGAAAUGAAUGCGGCGAUCAAGUUACAAAAGGAGAAAAUUUUACUAUCAAACACUGCUUUGUUCCUUAUAUCGAAACAUUUGUUCAAUUUUGAAACGGAUAUAACCAAGUUGGAGCGGGACGAGUUGUUACCUCCCUUGGAAAGCCCAGUGGAGUUAGAAACAAAAGAGGAGUUUUCAGGAUUAAAUGGAUUUUCCGAUAGUCUAUCGGCGACUCCGACGCCUUCUUCAAUGACUCCUGUAGCCGAACCAGUGAAGAGGGGCCAGAAGAGGAAGGCUCCAGUCAAGGGGGCUUCAGUUACACCCUCGGCACCUGUAAAGGUGAAUAAACAUAAAUCAGAGGAAGUUGAAGAUUCGAUGCCACUAACAACUGGCUCGUUGGCAAUUAAUGGUUCGGCUGAAAUGCCAACUCUGGAAGGUCCAUUAGGCGAGGAUGCAGAUAAUAAUUUGUACUGCUUCUGUCAGCGAGUGUCCUUUGGCGAAAUGAUUGCUUGUGAUAAUGGCGAUUGCAAAACAAUAGCCACCCGUCGGUUUGCUGCUGAUCCAGUCGCACCAAACGCAACACCAGCAGUAGCAGCACCAGCAGCAGGGGCAGCACCAGCCAAUACACCAGCAGCAGUAGCAGCAGCUGACACACCAGCAGCAGUAGCAGCAGCCAAUACACCAGCAGCAGGAGCAGCAGCAGACACACCAGCAGCAGGAGCAGCAGCAGACACACCAGCAGCAGGAGCAGCAGCCAACACACCAGCAGCAGGAGCAGCAGCCAACACACCAGCAGCAGGAGCAGCAGCCAACACACCAGCAGCAGGAGCAGCAGCCAACACACCAGCAGCAGGAGCAGCUACUACUACACCAGCAGCAGGAGCAGCUACUACUACACCAGCAGCAGGAGCAGCUACUAAUACCCCAGCAGCGGGAGCAACAGGAACCGCUACUACUACACCAGCUACAAGAGCCGCUACUACUACACCAGCUACAGGAGCCGCUACUACUAUACCAGCUACAGGAGUAGCAGGAGCAACCACUAACACCACUCCUGGUGUUGCAGGCACGGGUGUGACUACAAACACGACCCCUGGUGUCGCUGCACCUGCAACAACUCAAACACCUGGCACCGGUAUAGGCGCUUCUUCAAACGUCUCUCGUAAAAGUACCACCACAAAUAAUAUUAAUCCAGCAACAGAUCUUCGCGAUGGGUUCAAAGCGUCACAACUGCCAUCUGAGAACAUUGUCAAUACCUUGAGAUCUAUAAAGACAUUGCAAUUGAAAUACCCCAUUCAUGAGCAGCUUGAGUCCAAUUCUAGUUUAUGCAAACAGUCAACGAGCCUCAUUGACGAGAUGUUUGAAAAAACCACUUUCACGCGAGAGUUGUUGAAACAAGUUCUUCUUAUCAAUUUGCCUACAGCAUUGAAUUUGAGACUCUUGAACUUAUACUACGAGUUGAAUCCUGGAACUUCAACCUACAUAAGCAAAGAGUUGGCACUCAUACCUCUACGUAAUGCUAUUUUUGAUGCUGAUUUCCAAGGUGCAAUUAAAGUUACAGAUAUAACCAUGGGCCAUCCCAAUUAUAUAGGGCACAAAGCGCACAUUUUGAAACUGGGAGCACUAAAAUUAAUCUCGACAGCAGCAGCGAUUACCAUUUUCACUAAAUUCGGGGUAACUUCAUUGGUUGAUGCGGGGAUUUUGCCAUCGGGCUGGGAACACCUUGGAGCUAUCAACUCGAUACUUUUAACAUAUAUCAUCAAUUCAAGUUUCUUUGUCACGAUUGUAAAGUUUGGAAGACAGUUGGUUUCAUCCGGUGGUGAUUACCUCACAUGGCAAAAGGGAACUUUCUAUACGCACUGGUUUAAACACUCUGACGAAAUGUUAUUUUUAUCAAAGAUAGUAGAGGCUGAUCGCAACUUGAAUAAUGGCGAGCUGAGUCCAGAAAUUGUUGAAGAGAUUUGUCGUGUAGCGCCCGAUACAAGAAGUAAUUCACAUAUAUUGAAACCGGGGUUCGAUCGUGAUGGUAAUAAAAUCCGCUUAAUGCAAAUGAAGGAUGACUUGGAGAAAGUCAAGUUCCAGGCAUAUUGGAUGACUGGUGGAGACGGAUUUGAAUGGAUAGAGCCAGAUCAAGAUCCAGCGGAUAUACAAUGGAGAGAACACUUGAAGAGUUAUAACACACCUGCGUUGAACUGUAAGCUGGCAGAAACGGGGGAGUACAAAUGGGCCGACGAGUUGAUCUAA